AUGUUUCUGAAUAGUUUAAUUAAGGGGAAGAAUGAUUUGUUCGGUAGAAUAUGUAUACAAUCGGUUAGAUCAAUUCAUUAUAAAGAAAACCACAAAAAAUACCCUAAAGUAAACAUCAAAGAUGUUGAACUUGAUAAACCAAGAUAUGGUUUCAGAAGAGAUAGACAACCAUUAUUAUCACAAUCAGUUAAUGAUACUUUAUUCUCUGGUGAAGUCAUUAAAGAAAAAUAUAAAGAAGCAGGUAAACCUGUACCUAUCAAAUAUAGAUCAAAUAGUGAUCGUAUAGCUAGAAGAAAUCUUGAAUUAUUUGCUGAUCAAGUAGCUAAUGGAGAACCUCAUUUCAAAGUUGGGGAAAAAUCUGUUUAUUUACCAACAGCUCGUAUUAGAUUAUUAAGACCUAAUGCUAAACAUACUCCAUAUCAAGCAAAAUUCGUUGUACCAAGAAAUUUUAAUAAAUUUGAUUUAAGAGAUUAUUUAUGGCAUGUUUAUGGAUUAAGAGCUUUAAAUAUCACUGUACAAUUAUUACAUGCUAAAUUUGAAAGGGGACUUAAUGAUUUAUCACGUUAUAGAGGUCCACAAUAUAAGAAGAUGACUAUUGAUAUGGAAGAACCAUUUAUUUGGCCCGAAUUACCAACUGAAGCUUCAAAAUUCGCCAAAUCUUUAGAAGAUCAAAGAGAAAUUAUAAAUAACAAAAAUGGUUCUGGUUCAGAUAAGAAUAGAUUAGACGAAAAGGCAUUUGAUGGUUUAUACAAGAAACCAACUGUACCAGAAAAAUUCAUUUCUAAAAAUUACAAGAAGAUUGUUGAUGCAAAGAUGGAAUCUUACACUUCCAAAGCUGCAUUAAAAGAGGAGAAAGACUUAGUGAGUAAAUUUUUGAAUUUUUAA